ACCGAUCAAAGCCGUACGGAGUUUCCAGGAGGGCGGUCGCGUUAAGCUCGGAACUUUUUUAGACGGACGGAAAUCCUUUCGAAUAACAUACAUAUAUACUCAUAUAUAUCUCUAUAUAUUCCUAUAUAUGUAUGGUUCGGUUCGCGCGAGAGCAAACAUACAGAAAAUGACGGGACGUCGUGUGAUUUGACAGUGAAGGAACAUUUAAUGGAAAAAGUGCCUCGGUAUCCUGUGAUAUCCGGAUUUUGGCCAGCGGACCGACAUUGGUGAACAGUGAACGGAACGGAGGAAAGCUUCGAGGCUAGGAGACGAAACGCUGAGAAGAAUAGGGAAACGGCGGAGGAGAGGGUGAGGUCGAAGCGAUGACGGGCGAGGAAGGAAAAUACGGGGGUGGAACCGGCGGAGUCGCCGGUGGUGGCAACACCAACACCAACGUCGCCGACAAUGCGAACAAUCUUAACGCCAAUGUGCACGCGAAUGUUAAUGCCAACAUAAAUGUCAGCCAGCAGAAUGGAGGACCGGAAAAAGCGCCUGUCGUCGGCGGUACUAACGUGGAGACGCUGCCUCGCCCUGGUAGACAGAGCGAUCCCAGCACAGCGUUUCUCAGAGCGGCUCGUGCUGGACAAUUGGAAAAGGUUUUGGAGUUCCUGGAAUCGGGAGUGGACAUUAACGCUUCGAACGCUAAUGGCUUGAACGCUUUACACCUGGCAGCUAAAGAUGGACAUUUGGAGAUCGUCCGAGAACUUCUUAACCGUGGCGCGGUAGUCGACGCCGCCACCAAAAAGGGAAACACGGCGUUGCAUAUAGCUUCUCUUGCUGGACAGGAGGAGGUGGUACAAUUGCUCGUACAACGAGGUGCUUCUGUAAAUGCACAGUCACAAAAUGGGUUCACGCCACUGUAUAUGGCCGCACAGGAAAAUCAUGAUUCGGUAGUCAAAUACCUUUUGAGUAAAGGCGCUAAUCAAACAUUGGCCACCGAGGAUGGCUUCACCCCACUAGCAGUAGCGAUGCAACAGGGCCACGACAAGGUGGUGGCGGUUCUAUUGGAAAAUGACACUCGUGGUAAAGUUCGAUUGCCUGCCCUCCACAUUGCUGCCAAGAAAGACGAUUGCAAAGCGGCUGCCCUACUUUUACAAAACGAUCACAAUCCCGACGUAACAUCGAAGAGCGGUUUCACGCCGCUCCACAUAGCUGCUCACUAUGGCAACGACCGAAUUGCUUCCUUGCUUUACGACAGAGGGGCCGAUGUUAAUUUUGCUGCAAAGCACAAUAUAACGCCGAUGCACGUUGCGGCGAAAUGGGGCAAAAUCAAGAUGGUGAAUCUUUUGAUGAGCAAGGGAGCGAACAUCGAAGCGAAAACGAGAGACGGCCUCACACCACUUCAUUGCGCGGCGCGGUCGGGUCACCACGAGGUAGUCGACAUUUUGAUAGAGAAGGGUGCACCGAUCGGCUCGAAAACGAAGAACGGUCUUGCCCCGUUGCACAUGGCUUCCCAAGGAGAUCAUGUUGACGCUGCGAGGAUAUUAUUGUAUCAUCGUGCGCCCGUAGACGAAGUGACAGUAGAUUACUUGACGGCGCUACACGUGGCAGCCCAUUGCGGGCACGUACGAGUCGCUAAACUUCUGCUCGAUAGAAAUGCCGAUCCAAACGCACGGGCUCUAAACGGCUUCACUCCACUCCAUAUUGCCUGUAAGAAGAACAGACUGAAGGUCGUUGAGCUCCUUUUAAAGCACAAAGCUAGCAUCGAGGCUACUACAGAGUCUGGAUUGACGCCCCUACACGUAGCGAGUUUUAUGGGGUGCAUGAACAUAGUGAUUUAUUUAUUGCAACAUGCAGCUAGUCCUGAUAUACCAACUGUAAGGGGCGAAACGCCUUUGCAUUUAGCUGCCAGAGCGAAUCAGACUGAUAUUAUCAGGAUACUUCUUAGAAAUGGUGCCCAAGUUGACGCGAGAGCACGGGAAGAGCAAACACCUCUACACGUUGCUUCCCGAUUGGGUAACGUUGACAUUGUAAUGCUAUUACUACAACACGGUGCAGAUAUCGAUGCUACCACAAAAGAUUUAUACACGCCGCUUCAUAUCGCUGCCAAAGAGGGCCAGGAGGAGGUUGCCUCCGUAUUGUUGGAAAACGGCGCAUCGCUUACCGCGACGACCAAAAAGGGAUUCACUCCGUUGCAUUUGGCAGCUAAAUACGGUAAUAUGAAUGUCGCGAGACUAUUGUUGCAGAAGGAUGCGCCGGUUGACGCUCAAGGAAAGAACGGAGUGACCCCGCUUCACGUGGCAUCUCAUUACGAUCAUCAGAAUGUAGCGUUACUUUUGCUCGAUAAGGGCGCGUCGCCUCAUGCUAUGGCCAAAAAUGGUCACACCCCGCUACAUAUUGCCGCACGCAAGAAUCAGAUGGACAUCGCGACCACUUUAUUAGAAUACGGAGCGAAAGCGAACGCAGAAUCGAAAGCAGGAUUUACGCCGCUACAUUUGAGCGCGCAGGAGGGCCACACCGAUAUGUCAACGCUUCUUAUCGAGCACAAAGCAGAUACAAAUCACAAAGCAAAAAAUGGCCUCACGCCGCUUCACUUGUGCGCACAAGAGGAUAAAGUCAAUGUCGCCUCCAUUCUUGUUAAAAAUGGUGCUCAGAUCGAUGCUAAAACAAAGGCCGGCUAUACUCCAUUGCACGUGGCAGCUCACUUUGGCCAAGCGGCUAUGGUCCGAUUCCUCUUGCGAUCUGGUGCAGCCGUAGACAGUAGUACAAACGCAGGAUACACACCGUUGCACCAAGCUGCGCAGCAGGGGCACACGCUAGUAAUUAAUUUAUUGUUGGAGGGCAAAGCCAAGCCGAACACUACGACCAAUAAUGGCCAGACGGCGUUGGACAUAGCACAAAAGCUCGGCUACAUCAGCGUCAUCGAGACUCUGAAAGUAGUCACCGAAACCGUAAUCACAACCACCCACACGAUCACCAUCGAAGAGAAAUACAAAGUCCAGGCCCCGGAGUCGAUGCAAGAAACGUUCAUGAGCGACAGCGAGGACGAAGGCGGUGGUGAUGAAAUCGGCAUGGCAGCCAUGAAUGUGUACGGGCAGCCUCCACACGCGCAACACGUGUACCUUCCUUCUUACUACCAGGGCCAAAUGACCUACACCCGUGAAGAUCCGAUGCUCAGCGACCAACAGCAGUAUCGAUACAUGACUGUUGACGACAUGAAGUCCAUGGGGGACGACUCGAUGCGCGUGAACGUGACGGACGACGAGCGGGACAAUCGACAUUCUGGAGCGCCGACCAUAACCGAGAUGAUCACGAAAGAAAAUUACCACCGAUCGAACGCUGGCAAUCUGAAGCCAGACAACGUUGACAUCAACAGGCACCCAGUGCACGUCGGAGCGUCCCUAGAGUCCCUAAACACAUCGCUGGCAGCUUUUGGUACCAUGUCGAAAGGACAAGGAAUGUGGAGGGACAGCUUCCUGGUCUCCUUUUUGGUGGACGCACGCGGCGGUGCAAUGCGAGGGUGCAGGCACAGCGGUGUCCGCGUGAUUGUUCCUCCUAGGAAGGCAGCGAUGCCGAUGCGGGUCACCUGCAGGUACCUCAGAAGGGAUAAAUUGACCAAUCCACCACCUCUGAUGGAAGGCGAGGCCUUGGCGAGCCGCAUCCUUGAGCUCGGACCCGUUGGCGCCAAGUUCUUAGGGCCCGUGAUUAUAGAGGUACCUCAUUUUGCUUCGCUGCGAGGAAAAGAACGGGAGAUCGUUAUUCUUCGAUCGGACAACGGAGAGACAUGGCGUGAGCACACCUUGGAAGCCAGCGAGGAGGCAGUCCAGGAUGUGCUUAAUGAGAGCUUUGAAGGAGAAGAGUUAAGCCAGCUGGAGGAUCUCCAAACAUCCCGAAUCGUAAGGAUACUGACUGCUGACUUCCCACAUUACUUUGCAGUAGUGUCUCGCAUUAGGCAAGAGGUUCAUGCAGUUGGUCCAGAAGGAGGUACAGUCUCGUCCUCAGCUGUCCCACAAGUUCAAGCUGUUUUCCCACCGGCAGCUCUUACCAAAAAAAUCCGAGUUGGUCUACAGGCGCAUCCGAUACCAGCCGAUCUCGUAGCCAAGCUUCUCGGGAACAGAGUGGCAGUAUCACCGAUCGUAACCGUUGAACCAAGACGAAGGAAAUUCCACAAACCGAUAACCUUAACGAUACCAGUGCCGCAGGCUGCCAACAAAGGCAUGAUCAAUCAAUAUUCUGGGGACGCGCCGACGUUGCGGCUUCUGUGCAGCAUAACUGGGGGUCAGUCUCGGGCAGUCUGGGAGGAUGUCACAGGCUCGACGCCGCUCACGUUCGUCAAAGAUUGCGUUUCCUUUACUACCACAGUAUCCGCUCGCUUCUGGUUAAUGGAUUGUCGGAAUAUUUCCGAAGCCACGAAAAUGGCUACAGAGCUAUACACACAUGCGACACACGUACCUUUCAUGGCUAAAUUUGUAGUAUUUGCAAAGCGAGUAGAUCCGCUAGAAGCGAGGCUGCGCGUCUUCUGUAUGACCGAUGACAAAGAAGACAAGACUCUGGAGAAUCAAGAGCAUUUCACGGAAGUCGCGAAGAGUCGAGACGUCGAGGUGUUGGAGGGAAAGACACAGUACAUGGAGUUUUCGGGCAACCUUGUGCCAGUAUUGAAGAGCGGGGAACAGCUUCAGCUGCCGUUUAGAGCCUUCAAAGAGAACCGAGUUCCGUUCACAGCCAGAGUGAAAGACCCGGACGCGGCAGACAUGAUGGGACGCAUUAUGUUCAUGAGCGAGCCCAAGGUUCCCAAGGGCGAGCUGCCUCAGACACCGAUUUGCACGUUGAAUAUCCUACUGCCAGAAAAGAUAUCGCCAGAGGCUGCGGUAUCGGAGGUCGAUCUUUUGGAGCUCUCGAAGAAUUAUAGUUUUCUACGCGACGGUGGCAUAAGUCGUCCAGACACUAUUCACAGAGCAACAAUAAGAUUAACCGAUAUCGCGAACCUGCUGGGCUCGGACUGGGAGAAGCUCGCAGAGGAAUUGAAUAUUCCGCCUAAUGAAGUGUCCUCCAUUAAAGAGGAGUAUUCUAAUAAGCCUGCCCAACAAGCCGCUGCGAUGCUGAAGAUAUGGCAGAAGGACGGAAACAAAGUUACAGGAAAUUCGAUCGAGAAGGCGCUAAAUAAGAUCGGCCGUGAGGACAUUGUGAAAAAGUGUAUAUUUAACGUGGAGUUGGUGACCGACGACGUAGAGAAAGCAGUCGCCAGAGUUCGAUUAGAUCAACCUGGUUUCGAUUCUUUGAAAGAAGAAUUGGGACCUUCAAGGGACACAUCGUUGCGUCGCGACGCGAAAAUGGAUCCGAAGAUGGAUCCUGAUUACGAACUCAACAGAACCAAGGAAUCUGAAUCUGUCGGAGAGCUCAGUAUUACCGGCACGAAGCACGAAACACCAACAAAACAGCAUGUCACGAUCACAAACGGCACUGUAUUCAACGGAACCUCGACCCCCAUCAAAGAUAAGUACGCGAGCGACGAGAAAGAGCUUCGGGACGUAAUGGCCGAGUUUCUCGAACAGAAAUGUCACGUGGCCGACACGAUGAGUAAAAAGUCACGUGACGAGGUCGACGAAGACGAGAGACGACGAAGAGUGAUAGCGGACGCCAAUCGGAUAGUCGCCGGUGUAAUAGCAGACGCGGAGAAAGAGAAGGGGAAGUUAGCGAAGGAAGGGUGGUCGGUGGUUUGUGAUGAUGAUGAUGAUGAUGCGCGGGACGAUGAUAAAGAGGCAAGAGGUGCUGUAGUUCAAAGUUUCGUUAGGGAACAGUUAGGCGAUAGGCCGCAGACAGAUAAGAAAGCCGUUGUUUUAACGCGACCGGUUACGGAGGGCGUGCCGGUGGUCGAGCCGACCAUAAUCAAGCAACGUUACGUCCGCGACGGCAAGGGCGAUAAGGGCGUGACGAUAGUCGCUUCGAAAACCGUGGUUUCGGUUAGUGACGGCAAAACGGGUGAGCCGCCGGUGAUCACGCAGACGAUCACCGUCAAAGAAGUCGACCAAACUUCGCCGAAAGACGCGGCCUCGGACGGUAAACAGACGACAGUCAGCGCGAAGGAGCUGAUGUCGAAAGAAGGUAAGGAGAUCGACGAGAAGCUGACGGCGCCUGGGAGUCCUCCGAAGGACGCGGCGAAGGGCUCGCCGGGGAAAACGAAAGAGCCCAAGCAGCAGGACGAGCCGAGACAGAAACACAUUCCAAAAGACACGAAACUCGCUGGCGACAAACCAAUAUCCGCUUACGAAGGCGUUUACACCGCUCAGUACGCUGUGCCGGACGAGGAACAAGAGGAGGAAGCUAAGAAGUCGAAGGAGAAGAGCGGUGGUAUACUGUCGGGGAUCUUCAAAGGAUCGAAGCUGAAGAAGGGUAAAGCUGGGUCCAAGGACGCAUCCUUCGACAGCGGCGACGAGGAAGUCAAAGCUCCUGUCGCGGCGCCAGAAACCCGAACAGACAUCGUGAUCACGGAAACCACGCUCGGUCCGGACGUCAAGCUGGCUACCUUGCAGUUCCUGGACGACUCCAGGAGAACCGCGGCGAUUAUGCAACCGGAUGAGAAGCGGGAAACGAAGCACGAAGCGGCAGUGGCUAGCAAAGACGCUCCGGACAGCGUGGCGGAUGCGACCGCCGAGGAUCAAGAAAAAGAGAAAGGCAGCGGGUUCUUCGGCAUCUUCAAGAGUCCCAAGUCGAAGGAGAAGAAGCUGAAGAAGUCCAAGGAGUCCUCCUUCGACAGCGGUGACGAGGAGGUCAGAAUCGCCACGGGGAAGCUGCUGGACGACACGAGGAAACUUGCCGACAGCACGAUGACUCCGGCCAAGGUCGAGGAGAAGCCUUCCGUUGUCAAGGACGAGGUGCGCACCUUCGUCUCGCACGUCCGGUACGACGACACGCCCAAGGACAAGCUGAACGGGCACUCGUACGACAUCGCGGAGGUCCAGAAGAGGUCGGAGAUCGACAGACGAACUCCGCAGAAGGACAUGAAUGGAAAAGCAGAAGCGAAGGAGAGAAGUCUAGAGAGGCAGAAGGAGCCGAUUGAGGGGCAGAAAGAAGGCGAUGAUGGUAAAGACAAGGCUGGAGGGUUCUUCAGCAUGUUCAAGAGCCCGAAGCUGAAGAGCAAGAAGAGGAGCGCGUCCAGGGAGAAGAGCUCUUCCAAGGACACGUCGUUCGACAGCGGCGACGAGGAGACGAGACACGCGACCGCUGCGUUUUUGGACGACGUUCGCAAGACUGCGGAGAGUUUGCAUCACGCCGAUGAGGUACAGAAACCUGCUAAGGUGCCUGAGCCAGAGUCUGCUGAUAAGGACAAGGGAGUCGGAAUUCUCGGCAUGUUCAGGAGUCCGAAAUUGUCCAGAGACUCGAGGAGCAGGUCGCGUGAAAAGAGCGCGGCGCCUGAAGAGACCAAGCCUGUCGACAAAGCUCUUCGGGAGACCACUGCCAAGUUCUUGGAGGAUACGCAGAACAUUGCGACUGCUACUUUAGACGCUACCCAUCAGGUUCAGGAGACAGGCAAAGGCGUCGCCGACGAGGCAAAAACAGAGGCGAGUAAAUUAUCGAAAGAGGUCCAGGAUGACGCUAAGAAGGCGAAGGAAAAGGGCAGUGGUUUUCUGUCCGGGCUCUUCAAGGGUGCGAAACACGCUGCCGACGAGGUGUCGGAGGAUGUUAAAGAGUUCUUGGACGACACCAAGAAAGAAGCAGCUGAAGAGGAAAGCAAACUUCGUGACAAAGCAGCUGAGAAGGUCAAAGAUGCGGAGACCAAAAAAGAUAAGGUAGUAGCUGACGCGAAGGAAGGGAAGGACGCUGUUGUUCUCGCAGCGAAGGACGCGAAGGACAAGGUCAGUGGCAAGGUCCAAGACGGUGUGCAGAAGGUGUCCGAUGCUGGCAAAGUCACUGGAGAGAAGAUCUCCGGGGGAGCCAAAAAUGUCAAGGAGAAGGCAGUGGCGGCGACUCAAGAAGUAGUUGACGGUGCAAAGGCAACGAAGGAUGCUGCUGCGAAAGAAAUUAAAAAGGAUGCUGAUCUGGUGAAGGACAAGGUCGCGUCUGGAGUGGACGCAGUUGCUGAUAGUGCCGAAGCUGCAAAAGAGAAAGCAGCAAAGGAAGCGAAGAAAGCAAAAGAGAAAAGCGGCGGUUUUCUUUCUGGGUUGUUCAAGGGAGCAAAACACGCAGCUGAUGAGGUAUCGGAUGACGUUAAAGAGUUCUUGGAUGAAACCAAGAAGGAAGCUGCUGAAGAAGAGGCGAAAUUAAAGGAAGCAGCAGCUCAAAAAGCAAAAGACGCUGAAGCCACUAAAGACAAAUUUGUGGAUGAUGUAAAAUCCGGAAAAGAUAAAGUUGUUACCACUGCAAAGGACGCUAAGGACAAGGUCAGCGAGAAAGUUCACGAUGGAGCGAAGAAGGUGGCCGAUGCUGGUAAAGCAGCAGGUGAGAAGAUCGCUGACGGUGCUAAAGAAGUGAAAGGUAAAACAGAGACAGCAGCUCAGAAGGUAGUCGAUGGCGCCAAGACUGCAAAGGAUGCAGUUUCGCAAGAGGUUAAAGAAGAUGCCACCAUUGUGAAAGAUAAGGUUGCGUCCGGAGCGGCUGCAGUUGCAGAGAGCGCAGAAGCUGCAAAGGACAAAGCAUCUAAGGAGGCCAAGAAAGCGAAGGAGAAAGGAAGUGGUUUCCUUUCUGGUUUGUUCAAAGGAGCAAAGCAGUCUGUGGACGAGGUGUCUGAUGACGUUAAGGAGUUCUUGGAUGAAACCAAGAGGGAGGCUGCCGAAGAGGAGGCGAGAUUAAAGGAAGCUGCUGCUCAGAAAGCAAAAGAGGCUGAAGCCUCUAAAGACAAACUUGUCGAUGAUGUAAAAUCUGGUAAAGAUAAAGUUGUUGCAACAGCUAAGGAUGUGAAGGACAAGGUCAGCGAAAAAGUUCAAACUGGAGCACAAAAAGUGGCAGAUACUGGCAAGGCAGCUGGUGAGAAGAUCGCAGAUGGAGCUAAGGAUGUCAAAGACAAGACGGAAAUAGCAGCACAGAAGGUAGUUGAUGGAGCUAAGGCUGCAAAGGAUGCCGCAGCGAAAGAAAUUAAAGAAGAUGCUGCCAUCGCAAAGGACAAGGUCGCAUCUGGUGUGGCUGCAGUUGCUGACAGCGCAGAGGCUGCGAAAGAUAAAGCAGCGAAGGAGGCUAAAAAGGUCAAAGAGAAGGGCAGCGGCUUCCUCUCUGGUUUGUUCAAGGGAGGAAAGCACGCAGCCGAUGAAGUGGCGGAUGAUGUCAAGGAAUUCGUUGAUGAGACUAAGAAAGAAGCAGCUGACGAAGAGGCUAAACUCCGAGACGCGGCAUCCAAGAAAGCCAAGGAUGCUCAGACAGCAAAGGAGAAGGUCGCAGCAGAGAUGAAAGACGCUAAAGAUAAAGUGAUCGAUGUUGCGAAGGACGCUCAGGACAAAGUGGACAAGAAGGUGUCGGAGGGUGCGCAAAAAGUAGCAGACGCUGGCAAGGCAGUUGGUGAGAAAUUAUCCGAGGGAGCUGCUCAAGUUGAAGAUAAGACGAAAGCAGCAGCCAAAGGAGUAACAGAGGGUGUGAAAACUGCGAAGGACAAGGUGUCCAAGGAAAUCAAAGAGGACGCCGAUGCAGUCAAAGAGAAGGUUGCAUCUGGUGUGGAUGCUGUUGCAGAGGGUGCAGAAGCUGCGAAGGACAAAGCAGCGAAGGAAGCGAAAAAGGCCAAGGAGAAGGGCAGCGGCUUCCUUUCUGGAUUGUUCAAGGGAGCCAAGCACACAGCUGAUGAGGUCUCCGACGAUGUCAAGGAGUUCCUUGACGAGACAAAGAGAGAAGCUUCCGAAGAGAGGGACAGACUUCGCGACGCAGCUUCUGAGAAGGUGAAAGAUGCUGAGGCAGUCAAGGACAAGACGGUAACCGAAGCAAAGGAUGCGAAGGAUAAAAUCGUCACCGGUGCAAAGGACGUGAAGGAUAAAAUCAGUGACAAGGUGUCAGACGGUGUUCAGAAAGUGUCUGACACUGGCAAAGCUGUUGGUGAAAAGGUCACCGACGGAGCUAAAGCGAUCCAGGACAAGACAAAGUCAGCAGCACAGCACGUAGCCGACGGAGCCAAGGACACGAAAGACAAAGUGUCCAAAGAAAUUAAAGAGGACGCUGGGCUGGUGAAGAGAAAGAUAUCAACCGGCGUAGAUGCAGUCGUAGACGGCGCUGAGGCAGCAAAGGACAAAGCAGCAAAGGAAGCCAAGAAAGCCAAAGAAAAGGGCAGUGGCUUCCUCUCCGGCCUCUUCAAGGGUACAAAACAUACUGCGGAUGAAGCUGCCGAUGACGUCAAGGACUUCCUCGACGAAAUGAAGAAAGAGGCAACCGAUGAGAAGGCUAAAGCCGAGCAAGCUGCUAAAGAUAAAUUGAAACAGAUUGAGACAGGAAAGGACAAGGCUGUGGCAGACUUGAAAGACGCCAAGGACAAAGUUUCGGAAACUGCGAAGGACACUGCGACUAAAAUUGGCGAGGGCAUAUCUGACGGAGCACGGAAAGUCUCUGAUGCUGGUAAAGCUGCUGGCAUGAAGAUCUCAGAGACUGCCAAACAGGCUGAAGAUAAGGCAAAGGCGACAACCGCCGACGCCAAGGACGCAGCAGAUAAACUUUCCAAGGACCUCAAGGAUGGUACCCAAACGAUGAAGCAGAAAGUAUCCUCUACGGUCGACGCAGUCGGCGAUGGUGCAGAAGCUGCGAAAGACAAAGCAGCAAAGGAAGCGAAAAAGGCAAAAGAGAAGAGCGGAGGUUUCCUUUCUGGCCUCUUCAAAGGCGCCAAACACGCGGCUGAAGAGGUUGCCGAUGACGUCACCGACUUCCUUGAAGAAACGAAGAAGGAGGCAGUUGAAGAGGAGGCUAAAUUGAAAGAGGCAGCAGCAGAGAAAGCCAAAGACGCAGACGCUGCUAAAGAUAAAAUUGCAGAGGAUCUAAAAGCUGGCAAAGACAAAGUCGUUUCUGCUGCAAAGGAUGUCAAAGACAAGGUCAGCGAGAAGGCCCACGAUGGAGCCCAGGAAGUAACUGAUGUCGGCAAGGCAGCAGGUGAAAAGAUCGCCGAAGGUGCUAAAGAAGUUAAAGAUAAGACUGCAACAGCAGCCCAAAAGGUGGUCGACGGCGCCAAGGCAACCAAGGAUACAGUUUCGAAGGAGAUCAAGGAAGACGCUGCUAUCGUGAAAGAUAAGAUCGCAUCCGGAGUGUCUGCUGUCGCUGAUAGCGCAGAGGCUGCUAAAGACAAAGCAGCUAAGGGAGCAAAGCAGGCCGAAGACAAAACAAAGUCGGUGGCGCAAGACGUAGCAACCGGUGUCAAGGUUGCGAAGGAUAAAGUUUCCAAAGAAGUCAAAGAAGACGCUGACGCAGUUAAACAGAAGGUUGCGUCUGGAAUAGGAGCAGUCGCUGACAGUGCAGAAGCUGCGAAGGACAAAGCAGCGAAGGAAGCGAAGAAGGCCAAAGAAAAGGGCAGUGGCUUCCUCUCUGGCUUGUUCAAGGGAGCCAAACACACGGCUGACGAGGUAUCGGACGACGCUAAAGAGCUCCUCGACGACACCAAGAGAGCGGCAUCUCAAGAAAAGGACAAAGUUCAAGACACGAUCGCUCAGAAGACCAAAGAUGCCGAGGCAGCAAAAGACAAAGCAGUGGCUGAUGUUAAAGAUGCGAAAGACAAAGUCGUCGCAGAUGCGAAGGACUUGAAGGAUAAGGUCAGUCAGAAGGUCACGGAUGGAGCUCAGAAGGUGUCUGACACUGGUAAAGCAGUCGGCGAAAAGAUCUCUGACGGAGCUAAAGAGAUGCACGAUAAAACAAAGUCAACAGCACAGCAACUAGUGGACGGUGCAAAAGACACAAAGGACAAAGUGUCCAAAGAAAUCAAAGAGGACGCCGAAGCAGUGAAGGAGAAGGUUGCAUCUGGAGUAGAUGCUGUUGCUGAGGGUGCAGAAGCUGCGAAGGACAAAGCAGCGAAGGAAGCGAAAAAGGCCAAGGAGAAGGGCAGCGGCUUCCUUUCUGGAUUGUUCAAGGGAGCCAAGCACACAGCUGACGACGUCUCCGACGACGUCAAGGAGUUCCUUGACGAGACAAGGAGAGAAGCUUCCGAAGAGAGGGACAGACUUCGCGACGCAGCUGCUGAGAAGGUGAAAGAUGUUGAGGCAGCCAAAGACAAGACGGUAACCGAAGCAAAGGAUGCGAAGGACAAAAUCGUCACGGAUGCAAAGGGCGUGAAGGAUAAAAUCAGUGACAAGGUGUCAGACGGUGUUCAGAAAGUGUCUGACACUGGCAAAGCUGUUGGUGAAAAGGUCACCGACGGAGCUAAAGCGAUCCAGGACAAGACAAAGUCAGCAGCACAGCACGUAGCCGACGGAGCCAAGGACACGAAAGACAAAGUGUCCAAAGAAAUUAAAGAGGACGCUGAGGUGGUGAAGAGCAAGGUUUCAUCCGGGGUAGAUGCAGUCGUGGACGGUGCUGAGGCAGCAAAAGACAAAGCUGCAAAGGAAGCCAAGAAAGCCAAAGAAAAGGGCAGCGGUUUUCUCUCUGGGCUGUUCAAAGGCACAAAGCACGCUGCUGACGAGGUUUCCGAUGACGUCAAGGAUUUCCUUGACGAAACGAAGAGAGAGGCAUCUGAAGAGGAAGCCCGAGCACGUGAAAUGGCCGCCAAGAAGAUAAAAGACAUCGAGACUGCCAAAGACAGCGCAAUAGCCGAUGCUAAACAGACUAAAGACAAAGCAGCAUCCGCUGUGAAAGACGCGAAAGACGAAGUCACUCAGAAAGCUUCUGAUGCAAUGCAGAAACUUUCUGACGAUGGCAAGGCUGUUGGCCAGAAGGUCGCCGAGACUGCCAAGGAGACCGCUGCCAAGGCCCAAACGACUGCCAAAGAUGUUGUCGACAGUGCUGUUGUGGUGAAGGACAAAGCACUGUCAGGCUUAGACCAGGCUAAGGAGAAAGUAGCAUCAACUGCGAUUGACACGAAGGACAAGAUCAGCGGAACUGUAGCCGAUGGCGUUCAGAAGGUGUCUGACGCGGGCAAGUCUGUUGGAGACACACUGUCAGACGGCGCCAAGCAGACUGAAGCUGCAGCAAAGGCUGCGGCAGGAGAAGUGUCCGACAGCAUCAAGAAAGGGAAGGACAAAGUGUCUAAAGAGAUAAAAGAAGACGCAGAAUUAGUGAAACAGAAGGUCUCAUCAGGGGUAGACGCAGUUGUUGCUGACAGCGCUGAGACCGUGAAACAAGCUAAGAAAUCGAAGGAGAAAGGCAGUGGCUUCCUGUCAGGUCUCUUCAAGGGCGCUAAACAUGCAGCUGAGGACGUUUCUGAAGACAUGAAGGAAUUUUUGGAUGAUACGAAGAAGGAGGCUGCUGAAGAGGAAGCUAAAUUGCGAGAUGCAGCUGCGGAGAAGCUGAAGGAAGCCGAGAAAGCGAAGGACAAAGCCGUGUCUGACGUAGAGAAAACCAAAGACAAGGUCGCUGGAGCAGCUAUGGAUGCUAAGGCCAAGGUUGACGAGAAGAUGGCUGAAGGUGCUCGGAAGAUGUCCGAAGGCGCCAAGCAGGCUGAGGACGCAGCGAAGGCAACAGCGCAUGGGAUAGUGGAUGGCGCCAAGACAACGAAGGAUAAGGUAGCUCAAGAAAUAAAAAAAGAUGCGGAAGCUGUCAAGGAUAAGGUUUCAUCAGCGGUGGACACUGUCGCUGAAGGCGCAGAGGCAGCAAAGGACAAAGCUGCGAAGGAAUCCAAAAAGGCGAAGGAGAAAGGCAGCGGGUUCCUCUCUGGGCUCUUCAAGGGAGCUAAGCAAACUGCUGACGAGGUGUCCGAGGACGUUAAAGACCUCGUUGACGAGACCAAGAAAAAAUCAACAAAGGCAAAGGACGCAGCAGUAGCAGAUGCAAAGGCUGCGAAGGAGAAAACUGCUGCGACUGUAAAAGGAGCCUCUGACUUCGUGGCGGAGAAGGUGUCCGAUGGAGUUCGGAAGACGUCAGAAGCUGGUAAAGCGGCUGGCGAGGCAGUGGCAGCUGGGGCGAAACAAGCUGGCACUAAAGUGCAGGAGGUGGGCAAAGGUAUCGCCGAAGGUGUCGAAGAUGCAAAAGAUAAAGCAUCGAAAGAGCUGAAGAAGGACGCCGAAGCAGUGAAAGACAAAGUGUCGUCUGGAGUGACGGCUGUGUCCGACUCUGUGGACGCAGCGAAGGACAAGGCUGCCAAGGAAGCUAAGGAGGCUAAGGAAAAGAGCAGCGGCUUCUUCUCCGGGUUGCUGAAGGGUGCGAAGCACGCAGUUGAUGACGUGGCAGACGACAUCCAUGAUUUCGUUGACGAGACGAAGAAGGAAGCUGCUGAAGAGGACGCGAAGGCGCGAGAGGCUGCUGCUAACAAAUUGAAGGAUGCCAAGGCAGCGAAGGACGAAGUGGUAGACGAUAUCAAAGGCGUGAAAGAUAAGGUUUCUACCGCUGCCAAGGAUGUCAAGGAUAAAGUCCAGGAUGGAGUGCAGAAAGUGUCUGAUGCUGGCAAAGCAGCCGGUGAGAAGAUCUCUGACGGAGCUAAGGAUGUUAAAGAAAAGACAGAGACGGUUGCUCAGAAAGUCGUCGAUGGCGCUAAGGCUGCAAAGGACAAAGUUUCGAAAGAAGUUAAAGAAGAUGCAACCAUCGUGAAAGAACAGGUUGCAUCGGGAUUCGGUGCAGUUGCUGACGGAGUUGAGACUGCAGCUGAUAAAGCUACAACAGAGGGGAAGAAAGCAAAAGAGAAGGGCAGCAACUUCUUCUCGGGACUGUUCAAGGGAGCAAAGCACUCGGCUGAUGAGGCUAGCGACCACAUGACGGACUUCCUCGACGAGAUGAAGAGGGAAGCGUCAGAGGAGAAGACCAGAGCUCAGGAAACUGCUGAAGAAAAGUUGGAGGAGGUUGCGCACGCGAGGGAUAGAGCAGCCGCUGGUCUGGAAGACGUUAAAGACAAGAUCGUUGUUGCAGCAGAGGAUGGUAAAGACAAGGCAGCUAAAACGAUCGGCGACGGAGUCCAGAAGGUAGCAGACGCAGGAAAGGUUGUUGGCGAGAAGGUAUCCGAAGGUGUUAAACAGACUGAAGAUAAGAUACAGGCCACUGCUAAAGGCGUCAGCGACAGCGUCAAGGACGCAGCAGACAAAGCGUCCAAAGAAAUCAAAGAGGACACUGAAGCUGUGAAGAGGAAAAUCUCUUCAGGAAUGGAGGCUGCUGCCGAGGGCGUAGAAUCUGCAAAGGACGCCACCGCGAAGGAGGCGAAGAAAGCUAAAGACAAAGGCGGCAACUUCUUCUCUGGCUUGUUCAGAGGAGCCAAGCAUGCUGUCGAGGACGCUACAGAUGACGUCAAGGACUUCCUGGAUGAGACGAAGAGGGAGGCAUCGGAAGAGCAAGCUAGACUUCGGGAUGCAACAGCUGAGAAGGCCAAAGACGUGGAAAUGGCGAAAGAUAAGGCAGUAGCUGGUGCGAAGGAUGCAGCUGACAAGAUUGCCACUGCUGCGAAAGACGCCAAGGACAAAGUUAGCGACAAGGUGUCCGACGGAGUCCAGAAGGCAGCCGAGGUUGGAAAGUCUGUCGAAGACAAAGCAAAGCAGGCUGCUGGCAAAGUGGCCGAUGGUGUGGACCAGACGAAGGAUAAAGUGGUUGAAGCUAAAGACAAAACUGUGGCGACGGUGAAGGACACCAAGGACAAGAUCAGCGAGAAGGUGUCCGCAGGUGUUGAUAAAGUGGCAGAUGCAGGCAAGGCUGUUGGCGAAACGAUCACAGAGACAGGUAAAAAGACAGAGGCUAAAGUAAAGGAAAGUGUCAAAGACGUCGCUGACGGUGCUAAGUCAGCGAAAGACAAACUGGCAACUGAGAUCAAAGAGGAUGCCGCAGCAGUGAAGCAGAAGGUUGCGUCCGGGGUGGAUGCGACUGCUGAGAGUUUAGACGCCGCGAAGGAUAAGGUAGCGAAGGAGGCAAAGAAAGCGAAAGAGAAGAGCGGCGGCUUUCUUUCUGGCCUGAUCAAGGGAGCGAAACACGCAGCCGAUGAGGUGUCAGAAGACGUGAAAGAGUUCCUUGAUGAUACCAAGAAGGAGGCUGCUGAGGAAGAAGCGAAAUUGAAGGAAGCAGCAGCCGAGAAGGCGAAAGAGGCAGAAGGUGUGAAAGAUAAGGUUGCAGCUGAAGGAAAGGCUGCAGCAGAUAAGGUCUCCGCUAGCGUGAAAGAUGCUAAGGAUAAGGUUACUGAGAAGGUCGCUGGUGGAGUUCAAAUGGUGGCCGACGCUGGCAAAGCAACUGGGGAGAAGAUCUCUGAGGGAGCGAAACAGGCUGAAGAGAAAACGAAGACAGCUGUUCAGCAAGUAACCGACGCUGCCACAACUGCAAAAGAUAAAGUUAAAGAGGAUGCAGAGGCAGUAAAGGACAAAGUGUCUUCGGGCGUUGAUGCAAUCGCUGAUACUGCAGAGUCGACGAAAGAAAAAGCUGCAAAAGAAGCUAAGAAGGCGAAGGAGAAAGGUAGCGGCUUCCUUUCUGGUCUAUUUAAAGGAGCAAAGCACGCUGCAGACGAGGUAGUUGAAGACGUCACUGAUUUCCUUGAUGAGACGAAGAAAGAGGCAGCUGACGAAGAAGCAAGAUUGAAAGAGGCUGCGGCAGAGAAGUUGAAGGAUGCUACAACAGUCAAAGACAAAGCAGUGGCUGAUGUUAAGGACGCCAAGGACAAAGUUACUGCUACAGCGAAAGAUGUUAAAGAGAAGGUCACCGACAAGGUAGCAGGUGGAGCGCAAACAAUAUCCGACGCUGGUAAGGCUGUCGGUGAGAAGGUGGUGGAGGGAACUAAAAAAGCCGAAGACAAAGUCAAGUCUGCCGCGCAAGGAGUAGCUGAUGAUAUCAAGACAGCGAAAGAUAAAGUUACGAAAGAAGUUAAGGAAGACACAGAGGCUGUUAAAAGCAAGGUUUCUACUGGAGUCGACACAGUUGCAGAGAGCGCAGAAACUGCAAAGGACAAAGCAGCUAAGGAAGCCAAAAAAGCGAAGGAGAAAGGUAGUGGCUUCCUCUCUGGCUUGUUCAAAGGAGCAAAGCAGUCUGCGGACGAGAUGUCUGAUGACGUUAAGGAGUUCUGGGAUGAAACCAAGAAGGAAGCUGCUGAAGAAGAGGCGAAAUUAAAGGAAGCAACAGCACAAAAAGCAAAAGACGUUGAAGCUGCUAAAGACAAAGUUGUCGACGAUGUAAAAUCUGGUAAAGAUAAAGUUGUUGCAACAGCUAAAGAUGUGAAGGACAAGAUCAGCGAAAAAGUUCAAGCUGGAGCACAAAAAGUGGCAGAUACUGGCAAGACAGCUGGUGAGAAGAUCGCGGACGGAGCUAAGGAUGUCAAAGACAAGACGGAAAUAGCAGCACAGAAGGUAGUUGAUGGAGCUAAGGCUGCAAAGGAUGCCGCAGCGAAAGAAAUUAAAGAAGAUGCUGCCAUCGCAAAGGACAAGGUCGCAUCUGGUGUGGCUGCAGUUGCUGACAGCGCAGAGGCUGCGAAAGAUAAAGCAGCGAAGGAGGCUAAAAAGGCCAAAGAGAAGGGCAGCGGCUUCCUCUCUGGAUUGUUCAAGGGAGGAAAGCACGCAGCUGAUGAGGUCUCCGACGAUGUCAUGGAGUUCUUCGUCGAGACGAAGAGAGAAGCCUCUGAAGAGAAGGAUAGACUUCGCGACGCAGCUGCUGAGAAGGUGAAAGAUGCUGAAGCAGCCAAAGACAAGGUGGUAGCUGAAGCAAAGGAUGCAAAGGACAAAAUCGUCACGGAUGCAAAGGACGUAAAGGAUAAAAUCACUGACAAGGUUUCAGACGGUGUUCAGAAAGUGUCUGACACUGGCAAAGCUGUUGGUGAAAAGGUCACCGACGGAGCUAAAGCGAUCCAGGACAAGACAAAGUCAGCAGCACAGCACGUAGCCGACGGAGCCAAGGACACGAAAGACAAAGUGUCCAAAGAAAUUAAAGAGGACGCUGAGGUGGUGAAGAGCAAGGUGUCAUCCGGCGUAGAAGCUGUCGUGGACGGUGCAGAGGCAGCAACAGACAGAGCUGCAAAGGAAGCCAAGAAAGCCAAAGAAAAGGGCAGUGGCUUCCUUUCUGGACUGUUCAAAGGAGCCAAACACACAGCUGAUGAUGUCUCCGACGAUGUCAAGGGAUUCCUCGAAGAAACGCGAAGGGAGGCUGCUGAAGAAGAGGCUAAAGCUCGCGAAGCAGCUGCCAAAAGAGCUAAAGAGUUGGAAGCCAUGAAGGACAAGGCAGCAGCCGAUCUCAGCGACGCUAAAGGCAAAGUUUCCACAGCAGUGACGGACGUCAAAGAGAAGGUCAGUGACACAGCAGCUGCUGGAGUACAGAAGGUAUCCGAUGCUGGUGAGAAAGCUGUGGGCACUGCUAAAAUGGCAGAGGCAGCAGCCAAAGACCUAGCAGUUGGCGUCAAGGACGCAGCCGGCAAGGUAUCCGAGGAGAUCAAGAAGGACGCAACUUUGGUGAAAGAUAAAGCCGCAUCCGGAGUAGACAAAGUAGCAGACACUGCAGAGGCUGCGAAGGACAAAGCCGCUAAAGAGGCAAAGAAGGCGAAGGAGAAGAGCGGCGGACUGAUCUCUGGCCUGAUCAAAGGUGCGAAGCACGCUGCCGAGGAAGUCUCCGAAGACAUGCGGGACUUCCUCGACGAAACGAAGAAAGAUGCAGCGGAGGAGAAGGCCAGAGCUCGCGCAGCAGCUGCGGAGAAGAUGAAGGACGUUGAAAGUACAAAGGAUCAAGCUUUAUCUAGCGCUAAGGAUGUGAAAGACAAAGUAGCGCAGAAAGUCUCGGACUGUGCGCAAAGUGUAGCAGACACCGGCAAAGCUGCAGUUGAACAUCUGAAGACCGGAGCUAAGCAGGUCGAAGCCAAAGCUGCUGCCACUGCCAAAGACGCAGCCGACAGCGCGAAGACAGCUAAAGAAAAGGUGUCCAAAGAAGUGAAAGAGGACACGGAAGCUGCAAAGCAAAAGAUAUCAUCCGGCGCCGCAGCGGUUGCAGAAGGAGCAGAAGCUGCCAAGGACAAAGCCGCUAAAAAGGCUAAAGCAGCGAAAGAGAAAGGCAGUGGUUUCCUCUCCGGACUCAUAAAGGGCGCGAAGCACGCUGCUGAUGAGGUUACCGAAGACGUCAAAGACUUCCUCGACGAGACGAAGAAGGAGGCGGCCGAGGAGGAGGCCAAUGUUCGCGAGGCAGCUUCGCAGAAGGCGAAAGACGUCGAAGCAGCCAAAGACAAGACAGAAGACCAAGUGAAAGACACUCGAGAGAAGAUGACAGCUUCGGUGAAGGACGCCAAGGAUAAAGUCGGCGAGAAGAUCACCGACGGAUUCCAGAAAGCGUCCGACGCUGGCAGAGCUGUCGCCGAGAAAACCUCAACAGGAAUCAAGCAAGCCGAAGACAAGGCGAAGGCCGCGAAGGACGCGGUGUCCAAGGAGAUCAAAGAGGAUGCGACUCUGGUGAAAGAGAAGAUCGCGUCCGGAGUCGACGCAGUCGCCGAGGGCGCAGACGCGGCGAAAGAUAAGGCCAAAAAGGCGAAAGAGAAGGGCGGAGGAUUCCUCUCCGGCCUCAUCAAGGGCGCGAAGCACGCAGCCGAAGAGGUUACCGACGACGUCAAGGACUUCCUCGACGAAACCAAGAAAGAGGCAGAGGAGGAGGAGGCUAAGCUCCGAGGAGCAGCGAAGGAGAAGUCGAAGGACCUCGAAGCUGCUAAAGACAAAGCCGUGAGCGACGUCAGAGACGCAAAGGACAAGGUUGCCACUGCUGCGAAAGACGCGGCCGGGAAGGUCAGCGAGAAGGUGGCGACAGGCUUGCAAAAGACUUCGGAAGCUGGCAGAUCCGCGACGGCGAAAUUAUCAGAGGGCGCUAAGCAGGCCGAGGGCAAGGCUGAAGUAGCAGUCCUCGAAGUAGCCGAAAGCAUCCAACUGGGCAAAGAGAAACUGUCGAAGGGAGUGAAAGAGGGCGCAGAGUCGGCGAAGCAGAAGGUGUCGGCAGGUGCCGAAGCAGUCGCUGACACCGCAGAGGCGGUGAAAGACAAGAGCAAGAAGGCCAAAGAGAAGGGCAGUGGGUUCCUCUCUGGCUUGUUCAAGGGUGGGAAACACAGCGACGAACUGUCCGACGAGGUCAAAGAGACCGUCGAGAGGACGCAGAGGGUGGUUACCAAGGUCGACGAGUCCGACAAGUUAGCGAAGGAGCAACUUGCUCAAAGGCUGGUCGUCAGAAGCGAUAGGACCAUGUUCGUGGACGACCCUAGACACGGCUCCGCGUUAGACGAAUCAAUCUGGCAGGAGAAUCAAAGGUUACUGGGCCCCGAGACUAGGGUAGUUAGGACAGGCGAUAGGGGGGUAGUGACGCAAACAAUAGUUAGCUCGAGUCCCCGGUCCGUCGACCCUAUGUCCACCGAGUCCGAGGUCCACGUUCGGUUGACCGAAGUGAAGUCGCAGAAGGUGUCCCGCAUUCCACAGAAAGUUAGCUCCCCGAGGGUUAGCCCGGACGACGGUUCGGUUAGGGUAGUCACGAUAUCUAGCGAAGUAGAGCACCUCGAGCCUCGCACACGGCAAACCGUCACCACAGUCGUAAGAAAGUCUGUGCGGACGGCGGCGACCCCACCACCCAGUCUCGCCGAGUACACUGACAAUAGAAUCGAAGAUGUCACCGAGGAGGCUGCCAGACGGGCGCAGAGCCUAGCCGAGCAAGCGUACACGAUGUCGAAAGCAGGGCAUGAUUCGGCUGAGAUUGAUGGGACUGUAGAGAGGCAUGCUACUUCUGCUCCAACAAAGCAACCUGUUCCCGCCCCGCGUCACUCCACCAGGUCGUCCAUCAAAACAGACUUUCAUCUAGACCUCAAAGACACCUCGUACACGCCGUACAGUCCGAAACACAAGGCCACGGACCAGUCGAAGCGCGAGGACCGUUCGCCGGAUAAGACCAGCCCGAAGAGUAAGAUACCGAUCAUGGUGAAGAAACCGCUGGAGAACGAGCUCGUCCCUGUCCCCGUACAAAACGCGGUGUCCAAAGAGGAUUCCCCGGAGAUAGGCCCGAUGAUCAAAGAAGAGGAUCCAAAGUCAAUGAUCCAGGCGCCCGACGAUCUCCAGGAGAAAACCGACUUGACGAAGCUAGAGAUGUCCCAGAUAGAGCAGACGCACAGUUUAGCCACGAUGGCCGAUCCAUUCGAGGCCCUGGCGAUAGCCGACAGAGACGAGAGCGGCGUCGCGGCUAACCAGACGAUAACCCGCACAACGAUUUCAACGAAGACUGAACAGACCGACGAGACCGUGGUGAAGACCGUGAUGACGACUGUACGGUGUCUAGCGACCGAGUCUCUCGGUGCCAGCAAAGUCGAGCAGACUGUCAGAACGGUGACCGAGGACACGAUAGUUGUCGAUCAGGCGAGAGCACUGAGAGCCGAGGCUUCGGAGCCGUGGCGGCAGAGUGAGAAGCUCGAGCACUGGGAGAGCCAGUCGCAGGUGUCGCAGGACACCUCGCCCGGCUCCGGGAACGGGGACACUUAUCCGAAAAACGGUAGCUCGAGGCACGAUUUGCACAGUGACACUGAGAGCGACGGCUCGCCGCCGCCGAGGAGAAGAUCGCCGAGCAAGAGGCGUACGCUGGGCAGUUCCAGCGGGUCUGAUGUAGCACUGCACGAAGGUGCGGAGCUGUCCCCGUUGGAGGACGACCAAGGUACCGCACUCACAGCUAACCUUCUAAAAUCUGACUUUUUGCAACACAGUGAGCCAUCCUUCAUGGAAACUACAACGACGGAAGUGGACCCCGACACACAGGAAAGAAUAACGAGAACAGUAACUCAAGUAGUCACAACGACCAGCGGAACCACAAGCGAUCCGGACGAUCUGCGCGACUCGAUGCAAAAGAUCGUCGAUCAGUUCAUGAUGGAGGAGAGGCGGGAUCAGUGAAUCCCCGGCGACCAGUCUCGCGAUCACGGGAACGACGAGGAACGGAUCUUUCACCGCCAGAUGUACCGAGAAGAGAAGAUCGAGAAACCAUUCUAAUGAAAUUUCCGUAGCACUAAUUCGAAGACGAAGCUUCUCCAGCUGGACGCAUCCUCGAGCGUCCAGCCGGCCCGCGAUCUAGAAAAUGAUCUAUAAUAAACGCGGCUUCGUCUUGUCCCGCGGGAAUUGAAGCGCGGGAGCCAAAAAAGCAUGCACGACAAUUUUACUAUCACACUCAUGGCCUACGCUUCGAAUUUGCUUGCCUUUUCGGUUACGAUUCAGUUGCCUUAACGCGUUUACGUUUCGAUAACUUGCGAUCGACUAGCCUGCGAUCACCGCUGGUCCCGCUUCUGGUGAUCCGCUAAUCUUCGCUAAGCUAACCCGUCCAUGUACAACGCCUUUCUCGAGUUGUUCGAAGCGAAAGAAAGAAAGAGAGAGAGAGAGAGAGAAAGGUGACAAAAAAGAGAGAGAAUGUGUGCGAGAGAGAGAGAGAGAGAGAGAGAGAGAGAGAGAGAGAGUAUCGAAAAACAGCAAGCAAGAGCAGCGUGGUAAAAACGCGAUCAGAAAAUUACUGUAGUUUCGAAGCUCGACCAACUCCAUGCCGGUAUCUAGAUUUGUAAACGAUCCGAGGAACGAUCUAUAGAACUCGCGGCCCGACGCCCGCGACACUCGCCGGCUCGUUUAGCUUUAGGAUGAUUGUAUAUCUAUCCGCGCUUCAUAGGUCUGCAAUUACCACUUGAGUCACAUACACACACGGAAACACGGACACAAUAUAAGAGAGAGAGAGAUUCUAAAAGGAAAUUGGAAUCGUUUGUUGCGAUCCAGAAUGGGAUCGACGACGACCGAUUUAGCUGGAUCGCAACAAAGGACCGUUUUACGAAUCGGGAUACAAUGUAAAUUUAACUUAUUUAAAAGAAACAAUAUUUCCUAACAACUUUUUAAUUGUAUAUAUAAUAAUUUCUUAGCGUAACCUAUAUAAAUGUACUAUGAAUACGAUUGUAAUAAUUGCAAUAUUAUAACACGGAUAUUUUAUUUAUAUAGCAGAGAAUCAUCGGGACAAAUUGUUGGGGGAAUCGUGGGAUCGAGGGGAACGUUGAUCGGCGAUCAUGUAAAUUAAUUAACCGCGACCACUAUAAACGAACGAUCAAAAGAAUAAUCGAGACAAUUGAUUAAUCGGCGAACGACUAUAUAGGGAAGAUAUGUGUGUUUAUUCGAGGCGUUUUGACGAUUCACGAGAGAAAUACUACGUUUCUUAAUGUUUAAGCAGCAAUUAGCUUUCAGUGUGUAACACCGUUUUAAAAGGAAAGAGAACAAAGAACAAAUAAUGGCACAGAAAGGAAUCAUAUAGUAUGUAUUUAAAAGAAAAUAAAUAAAAACGAAAGGAAUACACGAAAAAAGUAAUAACAGAAACAAAAUAUACUUUACAUAAGGUAUUCUAUUAAUGUAUAAUAUAUUGAAGAAUGAUACGAUUAUGCAUCUGAAGUUUAUAAAUUAUUAUCUAUAAUGACUGUUAUUCUAUGUUUAAUAGACUUUGCCUAGAGCCUAUCUGACCUAAGGACCAAAGGCACAAUCACGCACGCAUCAAAACAAAUGAACAACAAGAAUAAAACAUUAUGCUCCCAUGUACUGUCGUAUAACGUUUAUUGUGAAAAAAAAAAUCCGAUUGCAGGCGUUGCGAUACUGGCAUUUAAAUAUUCCGACUGCUACACGAAUACACACACAAGAGAGAGAGAGAGAGAGAAAGAGAAACAAAAACGAUGGUUUGUAUUAACGAGAAAAAAACGAGAAACAUAUUUUCCCCACCCCCUUCUACAAUACGUAACACCGCCAAGCCACAUGUAAUAACGACGAGACAUUGUAAAGUCGAACAGUUUUUUCAUUCAUCGUCAUUUCUGUCCCGUAUGUUAGUACAUUUUUUACAACGUCACUAACUAUCUUUACUAUAUCGCGUACCUUGGAUAACGAGCUAUUGAAAGUCGACCACGUAACUUUACUGGCUAGCUAGUCAAUUAGUGUUCAAUGAAAAAGUACAAUUUGCAUGACCAAUAGGAUAACGAGAACAUAUUGUUUCUUCUUUUCUUGUAUCUACGAAGAAUUUAUUUUUACUAUUUAUUGAAAAGCUUUUAACGAUCAAGCGGUCCUUAUUUGUAUGAAAUUAUUUGAGUCUAAAACGUUCUGCAUAUAUAUUAGAAUGAAUGAAUUGUAACAUUUUGUAAAACUCGGAGAUUGUUUAUAUCCUUUUGCAUUAUUUAUGACAUCAAACUAGAAGCCAGUAACGUUACAUUGAGUAAAAUAUACAUUUUGUAAUUGUCUCUGACCAGCCACUGUGUUUUUCAGUCUGAGAACACCUAUUCGAUUCUAUAUGACGGUGAAAAUGUAAUAUGAAUGAAAAACUCUGACAUAAUUUCUUUACUCGCUUAACGCUAAAUUUUUCUACUAACGAUACUCCAAUGAAAGUUUUUUCAUUGAUCCCUGUAACGAAACUGUAUAAAAAAAAAUACCAUCACGAGAUCUAAAAUCUUGUUUUGUCAUUGAUCUUUACUAAUUUCAUAAAGACGCUAUUUAUUGCUACAAAUUGUUAAAAUGAAAGAACUAAUGUAUAAUCGAUUGGAGACGUGUAUUAUAAUUGUCUCCGAUUAUGUCUGACUUUUGCCAACCGUUUUCCUCAAAGUAGCUAUUACUAUUGCAAAGAACCACAAAAAAGGGUGUGUGAUGAUUUUAAUGUCGUUUCAUUCACAUGCGUUCGAAUUAAGAAGGUAUUUAAACAUUCAGUAUCGCAUCAGUACGCUUCUAAUAGUUCUGAAUGUAAUUUUCUACAAUGUGUUGGUCUGUUCUGUGAAUUAACGCGUAAACGCCAAGCGGCUAACAAUUUUCCUCUUAAUGCUUGAGAAACCUUCGUAAUUACCACGGCGUUACGUUAAAAAUUAUAAUGCCAUUGUAUGGCGUACGAUAUCAAAAAUACCAGAGGAAAGGAAAAAGUAUGAUUUUACCAUAUACUAUUAUGUGAUAGAGUUAUCAACGACAAUGUAAUAAAUAAACUGUUGCAUUACAA